UAGACAUCAUACAAUUUCAACACAUGAUAACAGUCCAGGACCUGCAAAAUGAAGAACAUCUUUCUGCUCAUCAUCCUGAUUUCAGAUUUUGAGGUUUCAGUUGAAACAAAAGGAUGCCUACAAAAUGGGACUGAAUUUACCUGCAAACUUCAAAACAAUAAAAAUGGGAAAAUAUUUAUUUCCACAACUAACUCAGAGCAAUACAAUCAUAAUGAUGCAUGUAAAGAAAGAUUUAACUCCCUCCUGUUCCAAUACAAAAGCAAAAACCGCAGUUUGACUGUAAAGUCAAAACGAUACAUUGGUAAAAUAAUAGAAGUAAAAACAGACAGCUGUAACUCACCAGUUAAACCAGCUAAAGAGCACACAAUAUGUCAUUAUCCAAAUCAAAACCGGCCAACAAUCCAGUUAAGGUGCAGGUCCAAGGAUUUUGUCUGUAACAAAUUUUCCCCACAAUCUUCUCAAGUUUCAAACGGUGAAUUCACAGAAUCAAUUCAUAAAGAGUCUCCAAACAGUGCUGGUCUUUACUCAUGUAAAAUGGAGGAGAAAAACACAGAAAAACAGCAAGCUGAACUCAUUCUACGGGUUCCAGAUAUUGUAACUUUCACAAAAUCAUCAGUUAUUGGAGAGAACCUCAACUUCUUUUGCAAAUAUGAUGACAAAGACCAAGACCUUAUAGACAAAUUUGUCUGUAAGGGAGAAGAGCCGACCAAAUGUGAGGAUGUCAUAAGCACCAAAACUGCAGAUGAAAACUCUAGGUUUACAGUGGAGAAUAAGAAGAAAGGUAAUAUCACUAUAACAAUGAAAGACGUAAGCACCAUAGACUCUGGUACAUACUGGUGUGGAGCAAGAAAGAAGCGGCUGCAAAUAUUCAUAAGCCGACUCUUCUUGGAUGUAGUCACAACACCCACAUCUCCUCCUACUUCUCCAACUACAUCUUCAAGUAUUUUUGGUGGCUUGAGUUCGGGGGCGAAAACAUCAAUCACCAUGAUAGCAGUUGGAGGGUCGCUGAUUCUUUUGGUGGUAGUUACGUUUUGUCUGUACAAACGAUGUUUUUGUUCAGAUAAAGCAGAAAACAAAUCUGCAGAACAACAUCCCACAGAGGACUGCAUAUAUGAAGAGAUACCAGAUGGCCUGCAGACAAAAGUGGACGAUGUUUAUGCCACAGUCAACUUCUCACCUAACGACUCAGCUUCACUGCAUUAUUGUACUAUCAAUUUUCAAAGUGGUUCCACCAAAACCACUGAUGGAGGAGCUCAGAUCAUGGAACCCUCCUCACCCUCUUGUCAGUAUUCUUUCCUAAAGCUCAGCCAAAACUCAGGUUCCCUGAGUGAUCCACCAACCAAAUCUACAGGCGAACCGCUUUACUCAACAGUCAAGAAGUAACAAUAGAAAAUAAAUAAAUAUAAAACAAAGAAGUAAAAGAUUGGGGGACUUAAGUUUUAUUUGAUCAGGGCAAACAUUGUAAAUACUUUCAAGCUGGAAUCAGUUGAUCUUUUAAAAUAUGAUAUGUGACAUCUGAUGUGCAGUGCAAUGAUGGAGCUCAGUAUUAAAGUUUGAUUUCUCUGUUCUGUUAGAUUUGUCAUAUCACAGAAUGCAUUGUGACAUUAUUUUACGUUUUUGACAAUUGCACUUGAAGACCAUCAGUAGUACAGUUGUAUUAUGCUUGUUGUUAUGUGGUUUUAUCUGUUUUGUAUUUGGUUACUGUUCAUAUCAUUUUUUUUGCUUGCUGCAUUGUUUUUAUACCAGAAACAAAAACACCUUUGCCAAUGCAUUUUAUGAAACGGAUACAGACAAUUCGGAACCCUCAGUUUAGCUAAUUUUUUGUUUAAAUGCAGAGUUCUAAAAUACGCAUGAAAUAUAUCACAAAACUGCAAGCUGAACACAUCUGUCCACAGGCAAUAGAAGGGUUAAUGUCCUCUUGUAUUUGUACAGCAUGUACCGAUAAGUCAUGUCAUCAUUUACCCCUAUGUGUUGGAUACAAUGGAAAAAAUAAUAAAAUACGACAGCAAUCUUAUAGCAAAAAUCUUACAGCAAAAAUAAUUUAAUAUCUUCUGUAAUAUUAUUGUUGAUAGUAGUAGGAGUAGCAUUAGUAGGGGUAUUUGUAAUAGUAUUCAUUAUAGUUGUAAUCAUUUUAUUAGUGGUAUUGUAUGUUUUUCCUUCACUCAUUCUGUUUCAGAUUUUAAUGUUGCAAAAUAACAGAGCAUCCACUAUAUGUGAGCUAGUUUAAAGUACUUGCCCUAAUAAUAAUACAAGCAUUUAAAUGUUUCAUAUGUAUUUUUAAACAAUGCUUAGGCACAGAAAAUAAGCUACAAAGUUGUUGUCUUCAUUCAUUUUCAUUGUUAUAUUUUAGGGUUAACGCUUCCAUUCGGUUCUGUACUUUUAUAAACUCUUAUUAAAACAGACUUUUUGACAGAA